GUUUGAUUGUGACGGAACGCGCCACCCCUGCUCUGCUCUAUGUCCCGCGCGCUGGUGUCGGGUGGUUUUGAAGCGAGGAGGUCGACUCGAGGAUGGCCGCCAAGUUGAGUUUGACCAAGGAAGCAAAUCCAGAUGAACUUAAAACAAUUUUUAUAAAGUAUGCAACAGUUGAGAAGAAUGGGGAGCGCCUUAUGUCUUCUGAAGACUUUGUGAAAAGAUUCUUGAACUUGCGAAAUGGAAUGGAAGACAAUCCCGAGACAGUGAAGUUGCUUGCAGGUGCUGUUAAUCAAUCAAAAACUGGGUUGAUCACCUUUCAAGAAUUUUUUUCAUUUGAGUCAGUUUUGCGUACACCAGAUGCCUUAUACAGAGUUAUUUUCCAGCUAUUUGACAAGAAUGGCAGAGGAGCAAUCAGUUUUGAUGACAUCAAGGAAAUAUUUAGCCAAACUGCAAUCCAUCAGCGUAUACCAUUUAACUGGAAUUCUGAAUUUGUGGAUCUCCAUUUUGGAAAGGAUAAGAAAAUGCAGCUAAAUUAUCCAGAGUUUACACAAUUUCUAUUGGAGCUGCAAAAGGAGCAUGCGAGACAGGCUUUCAUUCUGAAAGAUAAAGAUAAGAGUGGCAAUAUUUCAGUCUUGGAUUUCAAGGAUAUUAUGAUUACCGUUCGUCCACACAUGGUAACCCAAUUCGUGGAGCAAUCAUUAGUACCGGCAGCAGGAAGUACUCUAACCCAUCAAGUCAGCUUCUCCUACUUUAAUAGUUUUAACUCCCUCCUUAACCACAUGGAGCUCAUUACAGGAGUCUACCAUACUAUUGCUGACACCAGUAAAAAUGUGAAAGUUGCUAAAGAUGAAUUUAUGCUUGCAGCCCAGAAACUUGGUCAGGUGACACCUAUGGAAAUUGAUAUUUUGUUCCAAUUAUCCAACCUCUACCAAUUGCGUGGAUAUCUCACAUUAGCGGACAUUAAACGAAUAUCACCUCAGGAGGAAGGAGUCUUGCCAUAUUAUCUGAGAGAUUCACGGGCAGACCUUCUUUAUGAUUACAUCUAUAUGUUGGAUGCAGCACAAGUCAUCCAAGAUGUUAAAGCCUAG